AGGAGAGGGUCAGAAAGAGUAGUGGGUGGGGAUAGAACCCUUUUGGGAGAGGAAGAAAAGAAAACUAGAAAAAAAAAGAAAAAAUCACGUGUUUGGAGAUCAAAGGAGACCCGCUUUGUAGAGGAGGAGGAGGAGGAGGAGGGUGAGAAAGAGAGAGAGGGAACAGAGAGAGAGAGAGAGGGAUCGAGGGAGGGUUUGAGCCAGUGUAAUUGACAAGACUCGCAGUGGUGAAAUAAACACGCUUCGGUCCAGGCUCCGCGCUCAUUGCACAACCCUGACUCCGUCUGAGGAGACCCGCUCCGGCCCCCCCUCCUCCCCUCCCUCGCCUCCCUCGCCCGCUCGCUUCCAUCAAUCCGUGAGAAAUUAUGCCCCGAUCGGAGCACGUCCAGCCGGCAAGAUGAUGGUUUCCCCGCGGGGAGGCUGGGACGGCGCGCCCGCCUCGGUGGUCUCGGCCAUCCUGCUGGCGGCCGCGUCUCUCGGGGCCGUGUGCGCCAAGGAUACCGCCUUCGUGGAGGUGGUGCUGUUCGAGUCCAGUCCCAACGGAGAUUACACCACCUACACCACCGGCUUGCAGGGGCGCUUCUCCAAGGCUGGAGCCACGAUCAGCGCGGAGGGGGAGAUCGUUCAAAUGCACCCGUUGGGACUAUGUAAUAAUAAUGACGAAGAGGACCUGUACGAGUACGGCUGGGUGGGAGUGGUGAAGCUGGAACAGCCGGAGCUGGAUCCCAGCUGCCUCACCGUCCUGGGAAAGGCGAAGAGAGCGGUGCAGCGGGGAGCCACAGCCGUCAUCUUUGAUGUGUCUGAGAAUCCGGAUGCUAUUGAUCAGCUCAACCAGUUGGCCGAGGACCCCCUGAAGCGGCCGGUGGUCUACGUGAAGGGCAACGACGCCGUCAAGCUGAUGAACAUCGUCAACAAGCAGAAAGUGGCCCGCGCCCGGAUACAACACCGCCCCCCCCGGCAGCCCACAGAGUAUUUCGACAUGGGCAUCUUCCUGGCUUUCUUUGUCGUGGUGUCGCUGGUUUGCCUCAUCCUGCUCAUCAAGAUCAAACUCAAGCAACGGAGAAGCCAGAGCUCCAUGAACAGGAUGGCCAUCCAAGCGCUGGAGAAGAUGGAGACGAGGAAGUUCAAGGCCAAAGGGAAGAGCCAGCGGGAGAGCAGCUGCGGCGCCUCGGACUCUCUGAGCAGCAGCUCCACCUCCGACUGCGCCAUCUGCCUGGAGCGCUACAUCGACGGAGAGGAGCUGCGGGUGAUCCCUUGUGCUCACAGAUUUCACAAGAAGUGCGUGGACCCCUGGCUGCUGCAGCAUCACACCUGCCCCCACUGCAGACACAACAUCAUCGAGCAAAAGAAAGGAAACCCGGGCCCGGCGUGCAUGGACCCUGCUGCGGCGGUGCACAGCCGGCAGCGGGUGGUGCUCCCCGUCCACUACCCCGGCCGGGUGCACCGGGCCGGCCAGGUGACGGCGUACCCGACCAGGACCAGCAUGGAUCCCCACGGCAACCCCAUCACGGUUCUCACCGUGGACCAGCACCCGGACCCUCCGGGUCUGUACCCGCCGCAGUCGGCGUCGGCGUUCCUGCGGACUUACCACCCCACCCUGCACCUGGAGCACUCGCUCAGCCCCCACCACUGCGGGCUGGAGCACCGUGGACCCCCCCCCUACCCGGCGCAGCCGCACCACGCCGCCUUCAAGCGACCCAAGUUCCACGGGCGCAGCUUCUCGCGGGCGGCCUGCUUCUCCCAGUACGAGACCAUGUACCAGCACUACUACUUCCAGGGGCUGUCCUUCCCCCAGCAGGCCGAGGGCGGCCCGGGGCUGGCCGGGGGGGGGCUCCACAAGGGCCACCACAGCCGGGCCUUCCAGCCGGGACUGAUCUACCCGGCGGUGGUGAACAUGGCGCCGGCGGCGGCGGCGGCGUCCAGGGCGGCGGAGAGCGGCAGCGCCUCGGGCCUGAGCUGCUACCACGGCCACCGCUCGGUGUGCAGCGGCUACCUGGCCGACGGCCCCGGCAGCGACAGCAGCAGCAGCUCGUCGGGCCCCUGCCACUGCUCGUCCAGCGACUCCAUGCUGGACUGCACGGAGGUGAGCAACCAGGGCGUGUACGGCAGCUGCUCCACCUUCCGCAGCUCGCUGAGCAGCGACUACGACCCCUACGUGUACCGGAGCCGGAGCCCCUGCCGGGGGGAGGCGGGGGCCCCCGCGGAGGACUCGUCCCUCGCCUGCAUGCAGCUCCCGGCGGGGGUGUCGGGGUACAACUCGGGGGACCACCUCUCCAGCUGCAGCCUGGAGCCCAACUACAGCAGUCGCUCGUCACUGGAACCCAGGGAGAACAGCAACACCAGCACUACCUCAGCCGGGGGCCCCGGGGCCCCCGAGGCCGCCGCCACCGCCGGCAGGGCCAAGGGCGGGCACGAGGAGGCGGGGGAACUCGGGGCCACGGCCUGCAGCUGCUGCUUCGAGGUGGUGGACCUGGACCAAGGCGAGCCUGCGGCCUCGGGGCGCUGCCGCAGGGGCGGGGACUUUCACAGCCCCGCCCCCAAGAACUACUUUGCCCCCGAGCACUUGUGUCCCGCCUCCGAGCAGGUGAGCUAUGAAGGCCUCCCCUGCUGCUUCUACAAGGAGAUGAAGGUCCACCGGGCCGCGGCGGCAGCAGCGGCGGCGGCGGCGGCGGGGCACUACGGCGAGGACUACGCCGUCAACGUGCAGUACGCGCACCCGGACUCGGAAGUCUGCUCGCCACAGGCCUGCUGCGAACUCAGCCAGAGGAUACCCAUAAUCCCCGAGGACACGGACUGCGAGGCGGGUUCGGGGGCCGAGGCCCGGAGCAGCCUGUUACCCGUCGCCGCGGCGGCGGACGCAGGGCUGCGGACAGAGGAGCGCCGCGAGGCUCAGGACCGCUUUUUCCCCUCAGGACACUUCCGAGGUCAGGCUCACGAGGACGAGACCAGGGCCUUGGCCCCCCCCCAGCUCUCUGCCAGUCCCUCCGCACUGGGCAGCAGUACUUAAACGUGGCGAGGAAGCCCCGGGCCAAUGAGUCCAAACACGCGGUACCGUAUCAGUAAAGUCAAUCGAUGAAACCCUCAGUUGCCUUGUUCUAACUUUGCUCUCCGAGCACCGAAUGUUUUCAUCCUCGAUUGUGUGGAUUUCUACUGAAACGGCCUCUUCGUUCUAGAUAAACAAUGUGUCGUGUUCAUUCCUGUGGCCGCAGACGUCUCAACACUCGGAGACAAAGUGAUUCUAUAAAUGUGGAUGGAGGUUGUUUGGCGCAGACUAGAAUCAGGCUGGUUUUGGGUUUUGGCAUCUAUUUGAAGACCGUCUGCUGUUAUGAAAAAGUAAUGUCAGUCCUUUUUGUAUUUUUUUUUUUUAAAUUCUUUUUCUUUUUCCAGAUUUCAUCAACAAAAUCUAGACGUUUUAAUUUUUCAAGCUCUAGUGAUUUGAGAUUUUUCCUGACAAAAGUCCACUUUUCAUUCUCAGACAUCUGCUUGUAUACAUUUUGUAAAUGUGCGCACAUGAACACUGUCUCUAAAACUUCCACCACCAACGAAAAUAGGUUCUAUGGACGUAGCUAUACCAAAACGACAACUUCUCACACACACACACACACACACACACGCUCUCACACACACACACACACACACACGCACACGCACACGCACACGCACACGCACACGCACACACACACACGUUAAGAGCAGGGAAAUGGGUCUUUCUAGUCGUCUGUGACCCACACGUUUCUCUAAGGAGAAAAAAAGAAGCUAUAAACAAACACAAAUGCAUGGAAAUGUGAAUGCAAAGCUGACACUGGUUACCUGUAAAUAUACAGAAUUUGCUUGAUGCGUUGCAUUUCUGUCCGUUGUGGCCUACCUGCACGAGACGAGCAGCACGAGAGCCUUAACCCGAGAAACACGCCGGCGUCCCGCACAGAUUCUGGUCCGACUGCAGGGUGCAGCACGCGUCUCGGAUCAGCUGACGGCGCUCGACCUCUCUUUUGAGGGCGGGAAAAAAGAAAGAAAAAACUUGUAAAAAUAGUUGUUUUUUUUGUGCCGCCACGUACCAAGAUUCCUCUAUGAGGCAUGCUCUUAGAAAUAUCUAGAAAAGGUUCUAGUGAGAUCAAAAAAGGCCAAAGGAAAGUUUCUGGGAAAGCUCACAUUUCAUUAAGGUUCCUGAUUGUACUGUGACUUCUUUUUUUUAACGUUUAUUUUGGUUAAAUGAUGCAGUUAAACAUGACACAGCGUAUCAGUCUGAAUCAUAAUGUGCCAUAAAACACACUUGCAAUAUCAGUGCUCGUCAUUCAUGCCUCUGUUUGUCCUGCAGACUGUUUAUUUUUUGUUUUUUUACUGUUUCUAUGAAAUAUACACGUUCUCUACGCAGAGGAAAACCUGAAAUAAUCCUAUUUAUAAGUUAACCCAGUGCUGUAAUCAAGUGAGAAUCUAAUCUUGCCUUUUGCAUAAAUGUACCUACUGCAAAUAUAACGUUUUUGGGGUACUUGAGUCACUAUUUAAUUCUUUGUUGUUUCUAGCACUUAAGAAGAUAAAAUAUGUAUUGCAAAAAUAAUAUUUUUUAAUUUUUUUUUUUUUU